GUGACGGCAGACUCUCCGCUCAUUUGAUUGGUUGAGAUACUGCAUCACCUGACACACGAAUAUAGGAAGUAUUUUGGUUACUCAAGGCGGAAGCGUAUAUUUUACUGAACCAGAACGUGCUUUUGCAGAAUAGGAGAAAACAUUGCCAAAGAGGAACGACAUCAAUAUAACUCACAGUUUACGGGGAGAAGGGAAGAUUGUUUUUCGAUGCUGGUAAACUGGGUCACUCCACCUCUGUUCGCCCAAUCUGGUUCUUCCCACUAGAAGAUUGAUCCCUGACCUCGCUCAUUAACAGUGCCUGUGUGUCCAGACUCGGCUCCUGCUCUUCACACCCUGUUAGCCGGUAACUUCAGCCCCUCUCCGGCCAUCUCCAUCCAUAACAGUCUCUGUCUCCGUCAAUGGCUGGGCGCGGUGGAGGAGCAACCAGGCCUAAUGGGGCCACAGCAGCAAACAAAAUCUGCCAGUUCAAACUGGUGCUGCUGGGGGAGUCGGCAGUGGGCAAGUCCAGCUUAGUGCUGCGGUUUGUCAAAGGCCAGUUCCAUGAAUUCCAGGAGAGUACUAUUGGAGCUGCCUUCCUCACUCAGACUGUCUGUCUGGACGACACCACUGUGAAGUUUGAGAUCUGGGACACGGCGGGUCAAGAGCGCUACCACAGCCUGGCUCCAAUGUACUACAGAGGAGCACAGGCGGCCAUUGUGGUCUACGACAUUACCAACACAGAUACUUUCGUACGAGCAAAAAACUGGGUGAAGGAACUGCAGAGACAAGCCAGUCCCAACAUAGUGAUUGCUCUGGCAGGCAACAAGGCAGACAUCGCAAACAAGAGAGCUGUAGACCUACAGGAGGCACAAGCGUAUGCUGAUGACAACAGUCUACUCUUCAUGGAGACCUCAGCCAAGACUGCCAUGAAUGUCAAUGAAAUUUUCAUGGCUAUUGCAAAGAAACUACCGAAGAACGAUGCUCAGGGUGGAGCUGGACAAGGUGGACGAACCCGGACAGGAGUGGAUCUACAAGAAGCUGCUCCUCAGGGUCGCAGUGGCCAGUGCUGUGGUGGCGGCAAUUAGCAAGGACCUGGACAUGACACAGUUAUAAGGAAAGCUCAAGACUUUGCUUAUUGAAGCAGGUCAUGAUUUAAUAGGCUACACAUCUGAAGAUGUUUCUGAACUGUGCAACAAAUGCAAUUGAUUGCAUUCCUCGUGUAUUGAUACCUGUAACACCAGAGAGUUGUCAGCCUUUUUAAAAAUGAAAUGUAAGAAUAACUUGUAAAUCUAAAAAGUAAUAAAUAACUUGCAAGAUUAA